GAAGAGAUAUCAGAUAUUAGAUGGUACAAAGGUGAAUCUAAGGAAAAAGGAAUUUUGCUCGCUAAUCUAAAAAUUCAGAAAAAUAGAUUCUCAAAAAAACGCUAUACUGCAGGUUUGGAGAUCGAAAAUUCACAGGCGUUUUUGGACAUCAAUGAUAUAACAAAAGAAGAUGCUGGAAAAUACUGUUGUGAGGUGGAAGUAAAAGGAAGGAAAUCUGUCUAUCUUUGUACUGGAUAUCUAGAGGUCGAAGGUCGUUUAUUAAAGUCUGUAGAUGAAAGAAUUGAAUCUAUAAAAGGUGAAGAUGUUAAACUGUGUUGGGAUUUGAUAAAGCCUCUGGAAAUUAAAUCUUAUGCAUUCUACAAAAUAGAUUAUAAAGGCGAAUUAAGUGAAGUUGCUCGGUCCAAUGAUUUAUUCCCCUUGAGAUGGUGUAAAGCUAACUAUAUAAAGGAGGAACGAAAAUUUUUCCUGACACUUUUGGAAGUUGAACGCACACAACUUGGUUCCUACAUCUGUCAGUGUGUUACUAAAGGCACUCUUGGUGAUAGAGCUAUUGAGUACUCAUCAACAACUACUGAAUUAACUGUUGAUUUGUGUGAAAGCAUUCAGAUGCCUAAUGUUUUAGCAUUUGAAGGAGAAAAGAGUGCUACCUUUAAAUGUGACUAUCGUCUGAAGAGUAAUGUGGAUAUACAAAGAUGGAUUAAAAAAACCUCUAAAGGAAAUCAAGUGAUUUAUACCUCAGAAAAUUUGGAAAAAUUCAAGACUAAAACAGAAGUGCAGAAGUAUGAAGCUGAUUUUGAUCAAAAGUCUGCUCAGUUGAAAAUAAAUCAAGUGGAAGUGGCUGAUGCUGGUGUUUAUAGCUGUGAGGUAGUUUCAAAAAAAUUACCUACCAACACACAGCGGAAGAAAUUUGCAAAUCUGGUUGUACCUUUGGACGUGUUUGGUUCAGCUCUGGUUCGUGAAAAACCUCAUGUUUACAGACAUCCUGCAGUAGUGUUUGCUGAUAUGCAUUUUUUUGUAUUCUGUGAAGAGCAAGUUGCUGAAAAUUAUACAAAAGGACUGUUACGUAGGGGAAAAUUGAAAGAACACAGUAGAAUUGAAUGGGAACCUGAACAACCCAUAUUAGACAUGAAAAAUACAAGAUUUGAGAACUUGGUGCCAAUUGUUGUGGAUGAGAAGAAGGGUGAUGUGAUUCUAGUGUGUGUUGAACGCACAGCUCAGCAGGAUUGUUGUAAGCUUGUUCAGCUGAGCUCUACGGAUAAAAAACCGUGGAGUGGCAAAGCUGAUGUAAAUUUGAAAUGGCCUGAAGAUAUGCAGAAUGGUGCAGAAAUCUGUUUUAUUGGUCCUGGACAUGGUCUGUGCUUGCAGUCAGGACAUUUAGCUGUUGCUGGUUUUUUCAAGUUUAGUGAACAUGUUCAUCUUUGUAUGUUAAUAAGUGAGAAUAAGAGUGAAACCUGGGAGGUAGUGCCUAUCAUAUCCUCCAUUAUAGACAGUGCUUCUUUUGGAAAUCAUGCACAGAUUGUUGAAUAUGCCAAGAAUCAAGUUUGCAUCACCUGUUCAUUGGCAAACUGCCAGCAACGCUUUAAUGUGUUCCUCAAAUACAAAGUUUACAAGGACAAAUUGGAACCUACAUUGAUAAAGGCUAAUCCAGAAUGCCAGAUUGUUGAAUAUGCCAAGAAUCAAGUUUGCAUCACCACUUCAUUAAGAAAAUUGGAACCUACAUUGAUAGAGGCUAAUCCAGGAUGCCAGGUUGGCAUAGUAAGUAUUCCAGACGAAAAAAAGGGAAGAUUCAACUUUGUUGCUUUUACAAACCCAGCAGAUAAAUCACAUUUUAAAGAUCUCUCAGUUCGAUUAAGCAAAGAUGGUUGUGAAACAUGGACAGAUCCAUUGUACACCUUAGGGAGGAAAUUUGCUAAAUCUAGUGAUCUAGCUUACUAUAAAGUAAAGGGCUUCUUUACUGAUGACAAAGGAAUAGCCUGUGUGUAUGAGAAUAUCAAUGCUACUGAUAUGAACAAUAAUUGUUAUUCUAUUGUAAUGCAGCUGAUUUCUCUUGAUGAGAUUAAAAAACAUUAAAAGUAAGUUGUUUAAAAUAAGCAAAACAUUUAAAAAAUGAAAAAAUAAUGAGAAAUUAUCUACUGUAUGAAAAUAAUGUUGAUGCAUGUAAUGCUCAAAAGCAAGUUUAAGUGUCAUUACUCACCUUUAAGUGUAGAUAAAAUUCCAAGUGUGAAAAUGAUGAGUUUAAUAACUUUUUUUUAUAUUGAUAAUUAUGGAGUGUAGGUGAAUCUUAAGGUUCUUUGUUCAAUUCCUGUCAGUAUUGCAGGAUUUUUUUAUUACCAACAACUCCAAUCACUAAGCCUCGUAUGAGAUUUAAUUUGUUUAGAGCAUCUUCAUAGUUAUGUUUGUACCAAAGACAUUUCUUUACUUUUUAUUUUAAGAUUUUGUGCCACAUCUGUCUUUGUUAUUAUGUCAAGUGGAAACAAGUAAACUGAAAAGAAAUGAAAGAUACAUAAGUAAAUUUUGGGGGCCUUUAUUGUGGAGGACUUGAUGCUGGCGAAAGCAAAAAUCGCAAAAGCUAUGGAAUUUUAGUUUUAUGUAUUUAGAUGCAGAGCUAGUGUAACUUCUGUUUCUAUAUUAUUAGUGUAGCAUAGCCAGAGGUGAAGGAAACACAUUAUUGAUGGUGCCAAAGGCGUAAGUUAUAUUUUAUUUAAUAU